AUGGUGGGAGCUAAUGCUGCCAUGACAUUUGACAGUCAACACGAAGACUUGCUGCAUGAUGCGCAACUAGACUACUAUGGCCGGAAACUAGCAACGUGUUCAUCAGAUAGAACUGUUCGCUUGUUCGAAAUUGAAGGAGAGCAACAUCGACCCAUUGAUAUUUUACGAGGACACGAAGGUCCAGUAUGGCAAGUAGCUUGGGCACAUCCCAAGUUUGGAAAUCUAUUGGCUUCAUGUUCAUAUGAUACACGGGUGCUCGUAUGGAAGGAAGUCAAUGGACAAUGGAUCAAAAUCAAGGAACACGCUGUACAUACUGCUUCCGUCAACUCGGUAUCAUGGGCUCCACAUGAAUUUGGACUAGUACUGGCUUGUGCUUCUUCUGAUGGCAAAGUGUCGCUCUUGACGUGUAAAGAGGAUGGACAAUGGGAAUCUGUCGCAUUCCCAGCUCAUUCUAUUGGAUGCAAUGCAGUCAGUUGGGCACCAGCAACAACGCCAGGAAGUCUCGUACAUUCAACCUCGUCAACAUUGGCUUCCACAGCCAGGAGGUUUGCGUCUGGUGGUUGUGAUAAUCUCAUAAAAAUAUGGAAGGACGAAGGACAAGGAUCAUGGAAGGAAGAAUUCACACUAGAAGGACAUACAGAUUGGGUUCGUGAUGUGGCAUGGGCGCCGAAUAUAGGAUUACCUCAUAGCUACCUUGCCAGUUGUGGACAGGACAAGUUGGUGUUCGUAUGGACUCAAGACAGUCCUACAGCCAAUUGGACUCGCAAGAUUGUCAAGAAUGAGGCCUUUUCCGAUGUUGUAUGGCGAGUCAGUUGGUCUUUGGCUGGCAACAUUUUGGCCGUAUCAUCUGGUGACAACAAGGUGUCUUUAUGGAAGGAGAAUCUCAAAGGCGAUUACAACCAAAUUGGUGAAGACAGCGGGAUAUAA